UAGCAGAUAUGAGCUGAGUUUCCACUUCUCUGGCCAGGUGCUUCAGGUUGGCUUAGAAGGGCUCUUUCUGAACCUCUACCAUGAUGAAGAUGAGCUCAGUUAUCCAUCAUCCUGGGUAUGCGGCUCUUUCCAAUAUGCCCCAGCUGGGUCAGUCUGAAAGAAUCGAUGUGAAUGGAAGCAGAUGGACUGUCACUACCUUCCAUACCACACCCCGCAUGCCAACGUACCUUGUUGCCCUUGUUGUGUGUGACUUAGACCACAUCAGCAGAACUGAGAGAGGCAAGGAGAUACGUGUCUGGGCCCGGAAAGACGACAUUGCAAGUGGAUAUUUAGACUUUGCUGCAAACAUCACAGGCCCCAUCUUCUCAUUUCUGGAGGAUCUGUUUAAUAUCAGUUAUCGGCUUCCAAAAACAGAUAUAGUUGCCUUGCCUAUUUUUGCCAGCGGCGCCAUGGAGAACUGGGGCCUGUUGAUAUUUGACGAAUCGUCCCUGCUCCUGGAACCUGAGGAUGAGCUGACGGAGAAAAGAGCUAUGAUCUUGAGCAUCAUCGCCCAUGAGGUUGGGCACCAGUGGUUUGGAAACCUGGUGACCAUGAGCUGGUGGAACAAUAUCUGGCUCAAUGAAGGCUUUGCAUCUUAUUUUGAACUUGAACUAACUAACUACUUCUAUCCUAAAGUUCCCAUGAAUAUGAUCUUUUUUUUUACCGUUUUACAUGGAAUUCUCGGAGAAGAUCAUGCCCUGGAGUCUAGAGCUGUGUCCACUGCAGUGGAAAAUUUCACAGAAACAAGCGAAAUAAACAGACUCUUUGACUUAUAUACUUACAAGAAGGGAGCAUGCAUGGCCUGGAUGCUUGCUAGUUUCCUGAGCCCGCACUUGUUUAUCAACGCACUUAAGUCUUAUUUGGAGACAUUUUCUUACUCAAAUGCUGAGCAAGAUGACCUGUGGAGACAUAUUCAAAUGGCUAUAGGUGAGCAGAAUGUAACUCAUUUGCCAGCAACAGUAAAAGGCAUAAUGGACAGCUGGACACACCGGGGUGGCUUUCCUAUCAUCACAGUAAAUGUGUCUACUGGCGUCGUUAAACAAGAGCCGUUUUAUCUUGACAAGGUUGAAAAUCAGACCCUUCUAAGCCACAAUAGUACAUGGAUUGUCCCUAUUUUUUGGAUGAAAAAUGGAAUCCCACAACCUUUAGUCUGGCUAGAUAAAAGCAACAUGAUGUUCCCUGGGAUGAAACUUUCAGAUUCUGACAGUGACUGGGUGAUUUUAAACUUCAAUGUGACUGGAUAUUACAGAGUUAAUUACGAUGAGUUAGGCUGGAAGAAGUUAAGUGAGCAACUUGAAAAGGAUCCUAAGGCCAUUCCUGUCAUUAACAGGCUGCAGCUGGUGAGCGACGCUUUCGCCUUGACUAAAAACAAUUACAUUGAGAUCGAGACGGCACUUGAUUUAACCAAAUACAUUGCCGAAGAAGAUGAGAUCCUGGUGUGGUUUGAAGUCUUACUGAACUUGAUAAACAGGGAAGUUAUUUAUGAUGUGAACAACUAUGCUUUAUAUCCACUAUUGAAGAAGUAUUUACUAAAGAGAUUUAACUCAAUAUGGAAUACUUAUUCAGCUAUAAUUCGAGAAAAUGUGGCAUCAUUACAAGACAAUUAUUUAUCUCUAUUUUCCCUGGAAAGGAUUUUUGAAACUGCCUGUUGGUUGGGUCUUGAAGACUGUCUCCAGCUGUCCAGAGAACUCUUCAAAAAAUGGACGGCUCAUCCAGAGACAGCAAUCCCUCCUCAGAUUGAAAACGCGGUCCUCUGCAGUGCCGUUGCUCUGGGGAGUGAUAAGGACUGGGACUUUUUGUUUAACCUUUACAUCAAUACGACCGAGGAAGAGGACGAGAGCCGCCGCCGCCGUCUUGUUCACGCAAUGAGCUGCAGUAAAGACCCGUGGAUACUUAACAGAUUUAUGGAGUAUGCCAUCACUGCAGUUUCCUCCAAUUUUAGUGAAACAAAUAUAAUAGUUGUUGUAGCAACAUCUGAAGUUGGCCGGUACAUUGCAAAGGACUUUCUAAUGGACAACUGGGUAGCUGUGACUGAAAGGUAUGGAAUGGAUUGGCUGGAUGCUCUAGUGCCUGUCUUAGGGAGGACCGUCAGUACAGAUCAGCAGGUCACAGAGUUGCAGCACUUCUUCAGUACUGUGUUGGAAGAGCACCAGAGGGUUGUGGUUCAAGCCAAAUUACAGGCAAUGAAGACGAAGAAUCUGCAAAACAAGAAGAGAAUUGCCAGGGUGGUUGAGUGGCUUCGGAAAAACACGUAAUCUAUGGCUUCUUGCAGGAUGCUUCUUGCAGGAUGCUUCUUGCAGGAUGCUUCUUGCAGGAUGCUUCUUGCAUCUCAUAAUCUUGUUUACUCACCGUUCUGGCUUCCAUAUUUAGUGACUGGAAAAGCCACACACGGCUUCUUUUAUUUCGGUCCCAUCUCCUACUCAGAGUCGUGUCCUUCCUGAUUUCACGUCUUUGCUGAGGAUCUUGUCAACAUUGCCAUGUAUCUGGGCAAACUUUUGCUACCCGUCAAGCAAGAAAGCCACUGAAAUGAUUUUAACUGCUUUCUUAAAGACAGUAUCAACAAACAAACCCAGACUGACCUAAGAAAGCAUCACUUAUUCUGAUGAAGUGGAGGCCAGUGAGCGUGAGAUCAGUCGCAUCCAUGGGGAGCACACUCCAUCUGGAGGGAAAUCCAGACCUGAAAUACUCUGUGCUUUAUUAAUAGUUUAAAAUGAAAGACCGGUGGGAACCUAAGGCGAUGUAAAGACACAGAAGCCAGAAAUAAAGGAGAUCGAUUAGGAUGAAGCUCAACCAAAGAAAGCCAAGUUAAGUCAAGUCUGAAAAAGGAGUCGACACUUUCAAAUGCCACAAAGCAAAACAGACAGACAGAUAGACAGACAGGCUGCCUCCCGCCCCUCCCCCACUUCUCUCUCCUGCAGUGCCUGCACCAUUGACUCCUACUUGACUGUUACUGUCAAAUGUUGUCACAAAAGGACAAAUGAUUGUAGAAUCUGCAAAAUGCCCUCAGGAUCUCUUUGAGGGGAUAAAAGCUCUGCCCCGCUCCCCCUGUCCCCGUUUCCGGGGACUCUGUGUGGUGACUCUGUGUACUUGCCUGUAGCUGUAGAGGACAUUCUUUCAGAGUGCCUGAGGUCAAGGGCUUUAAACUUUGCAGACUCAUCUUCUGGGCUAAGGAGAAAUUCUAUAGGAAGAGAACCAAAUGUCAGACCACAGCACAGUUCUUGUCAUUUUGUACACAGGAGAGUAAAUUCACUUGGCCAUGCUGAACCUACUUGCAAUGGGGGCCCAUGGACUUUACACAGUCACCGAGACACUGAGACACAUGGAGUGAGCUUAGAGCACAGAGCACAUCCCGCCUGCUACAGACACUGUGUAGCUGCUCAUCUAGUGCUCCUUCCUUUACAUUUUGUUGGUGGGUGGUUUUCCAGAAUGAGGGUAAAAAUUGCGUAUCUAUCUACCUCACAGUAGCAUUGUAAAGAUCGAUAAAUAUACUGUCUAUGAAAAGUCUUUAAAACUCCCAGACAAGACUAGAAGCUUAGAGAAGUUUGUUUUGGGCGACUCUGUUAACGAGAGGAAUCACGUAACAAGGGAAAGACUGUAUUCCAGGGACAGAAAGAGCAGUCAAAGAGAAAACAGGACCGGUGAACAACACAGAGGAAGUCACAAGGGAUGGAAAGAAAAAUAGGUCGUUGUCUGUUUCCUCAUCCAUGCACAUCACACAAUUGUGCAAAAGUAACACUAAAUGAAUACAAAAUAAACAGUUAAGUCAUCACACAUUCAAAUGUCGAUUUGGAAUUUGUAACAUUUCACAUUACUUAACGCCUCUAAGUUUUCUGGAGAAGGUUUUGUAUAAAUACUGGUGAAAGCAACAUUAAGUCACUGUGCUAGUGAGCCAACUCCUUCUACUCCAUAGUAAAGCUUAAAUGGCAUGCUGCUAUCUCCUAUAACUGACAAGGCACCCUUUACAAACCCAGAAGAUGUAACUGUACAACGCCUUGCAUAUGGCUGUGCAUUCCUGUGACUAAGGUGACUUAACAGACGCAAAUAAAAAACGUCUGUGCUGGCAACUUCCACUGGCUGGCCGUCCCUUUACCACCUUCCUUCUCGGAGAAAAUGUAAGUAGAUGAAUAAAAGUUAUUUUGACUUGA